AUGAACGCCGAAAAGACCGCGGUGGCUCGAUGCUACGGGGAUAACGAAUAUGACGGAAGUGUCCCGGCCAACCUGGUGCGGAAAGAAGAAGGACGAGGAGACGAGCUCGGUAUCGAGUCUGCAAGCACAAGGUCGGAUCGGACACAGCAUGGGGGAGAUGACCUGGAGAAUCAGGACCGCAUGAGGCCUCAGCACUCCAACACGACCUCAGCAUCUAUGUGGUCUUCUGAGAAAAUGUCCUUACCCCAGGAGAUUCUGUUUGUUGCAACUGUCUGUUUGACUCAGUUCUGCAAUCAGGCUUCAUUCUGCGCGAUGCUGUUUCUUCUCGAUACGGUCGGCGACAGCCUCGGAGUCACCAAUCCCGCUCUGCUUAGCUGGUUGGUUGCAGGAUUCGCCUUGACCGCAGGGACGUUCCUGAUCUUCUCUGGUCGCCUGGGCGACGCUUUCGGCUACAAGCUGAUGCUCAUGAUCGGCUUUUCCUGGUUUUCGCUGUGGUCUGUCCUCGCUGGUGUUGCCGUGUACUCCGGGUACACGCUUUUUGUCUUCGCCCGAGUCUUUCAAGGUAUCGGCUCCGCGAUUUGCAUCCCGAAUGCCCUUGCCAUCCUCGGCGCCGCUUACCCGCCUGGUCAUCGCAAGGCAAUGGUCUUCGCCUUGUUUGGUGCCAGCGCUCCGGUCGGUGCUAUGAUAGGUGGCCUCGUGGGAACCUCGCUUGACUUGCUCUGGUGGCCUUGGAACUUCCACGUCUUGGCCAUCGUUCUGGCCUUGCUAACCGUACUCACCUACUUUGUUGUACCUUCACCACGGCCGGCUAGAUUGUCACAACGCAAGAUCUCACUGCGGUCUUUGAACAACGAACUGGACCUGGCUGGUGCCAUCGCUGGGACCUCGUCCUUGAUCCUGUUCAACUUUGCUUGGAACCAAGCGCCCAUUGUUGUUGUCCUGUUCUUCACAUUCAUAUGGCAUGAGUACCGUUACGCUGCUAAUCCUCUCCUACCCGCUUUUGAUGCCGACGCUGGAUUCGUCCUCGGUGCACUCGCUUGCGGCUGGGCCAUGUUCGGUGUGUGGUCGCUUUACAUCGUUCUCGUCUUUCAGAACAUUCGAGGCCUGUCCCCCUUGCACACGGCAUUUUGGAUGAUGCCCGUUCUUGUCUCUGGCCUCCUCGCGUCAGUUCUCACCGGCCAUCUUCUCGGGCCAGCAAAGUUCACAGGACCUGCGGUGAUGACUAUUUCCUUGACAGCCUUUACGACCGGCAUGGUCAUCUUUGCAACGGCACCAGUGGAUCAGAUCUACUGGGCACAGACAUUUGUUUCAGUUGCAGUCAUUCCAUUCGGGAUGGACAUGUCAUUCCCGGCCGCAACCCUUAUUCUAUCUAAUGCGGUCAAGAAGGAGCAUCAAGGGAUCGCAGCAAGCCUCGUCGCUACCGUGGUGAACUAUAGUAUCUCCCUGGGUGUCGGGUUUGCAGGCACAGUGGAAGUCAACGUCAACAACCACGGCAGGACAAAGGCAGACCUCCUUAAGGGCUACAAGGGUGCAUUGUACCUGGGUGUUGGGCUGGCCAGCCUUGGGUUGAUGAUAUGUCUCGUCUUCCUUGCUCGAGACCAAUGGAGGAAUUCUCGAAGGGCCAAUGGCCAGAAAGAAACGCCUUCAGUCUCGCCUGGCCCUGAAGCGCAAGCCCCUGCCUAG